CAUAAACCCUUCUCCCUCCCCGACCUCCUCCUUCCCCCCACUAGACUGCGCGGCCGCGAAGCCAAACCCUAGCCCCCGUUCCCCUUCCAUUCCCCGGCGUGUUCAGCGGGGAAGGAUGAGCAGGCGUUGGAGCAGGACGAUCUAUGUUGGCAACCUCCCCGGCGACAUCCGGGAGAGGGAGGUGGAGGACCUCUUCUACAAGUACGGCCGUAUUGUUGAUAUUGACUUGAAGGUUCCUCCAAGGCCGCCCGGCUAUGCUUUUGUGGAGUUUGAAGAUCCUCGUGACGCUGAAGAUGCUUGUGCUGGACGGGAUGGCUACAACUUUGAUGGAAACCGUCUAAGAGUGGAGCCUGCUCAUGGUGGAAGAGGUAGUGGUGGCCCCUCUCAUGACCGUCCAAGCUUUGGCGGUGGUGGUGGUUUUGGUGGCGGUGGUGGCGGUGGCGGUGGACGCCGUGGUGUGUCCAGGCACACGGAUUACCGUGUUUUGGUCUCUGGCCUGCCUUCUUCUGCGUCCUGGCAAGAUUUAAAGGAUCAUAUGCGAAGAGCUGGUGAUGUUUGUUUCGCGGAAGUGUAUCGUGAAGGCGGCGGCACAAUAGGGAUUGUUGACUACACAAACUAUGAUGAUAUGAAAUAUGCUAUAAAGAAACUGGAUGACACUGAAUUUAAGAAUGCCUUUUCUAAAGGUUAUAUAAGGGUGAAGGAAUAUGAUGGCAAACAAGCGCGCUCCUACUCGCGCAGCCGAAGCCCAAGUCGCAGCCGCAGCAGGAGUGCAAGCAAAUCUCCCAGGGGCCGCUCAGCAUCUAGGUCCAGAUCAAGGUCUGUUUCUUCCCGUUCUCGGUCGGCAUCUAAAGGACGUUCCCCAUCAAGAUCACCAGCAAGAUCCAAAUCCCCGAUCGCUUCUCCGGCAAAUGGUGCAGUGGUGGCAAGUCCCAAGAAACGCACUCCAAGCAAGAGCCCAUCUCGCUCACGGUCUCCUGAUGCGAAAUCUGAAUAGAAGCACUGCUGCAGAUGCCUGGAUAUUAGUUAUCCUCUAUGCUUCUUGAGAACUACAUGAACGUUAGCAAACUGUGCAAUGAGUCCCUUCAUUGUAUCAACAGUAUGAACUUGUACUGCUGAAGACAUCAAACUAGUCUUUAUUGCUUUGAUGACUGUUAUUUCGUCUGCUCAAUGCUACCUUGUGGAUUCUGUUGAUCAAAUCCCAUGAAAGGUGAUUGUGGAUUUAUGUUCCAGUUA